AUGCUUCCUUUGGAAAAUGUGGUGCUUUGUCGCGAAUCCCAAGUGUCCAGUUUGAUGGCCUUGUUUGGAGAGCGUCAUCAUUUCAGCUUCCCAUCCAUCUUUAUUUAUGGACAUAAAGCUAGUGGAAAGACAUAUGUGAUGAAAACUUUGUUGAAAACUUCAGAGCUUCCACAUGUUAUUGUGAACUGUAUUGAGUGUUUUACCUCAAGGAUACUGUUGGAGCAAAUUUUGAACCAGUUGAAUUGUCUCCAUUAUUCAGAAGAUGAAUAUACCUCUCACAUAGCCUGUGAUUCAUUUAAUGAUUUUGUUCGUUUGUUUAAAAAAGUAACUCAAGACCGGGGUGUGGAUGAUCAAACUGUGUAUAUUGUGCUGGAUAAAGCAGAAUAUCUAAGAGAAAUGGAAGCGAAUCUACUGCCUGCGUUUCUUAGGUUACAAGAACUGACCAACAGAAAUGUGACUGUUAUCUUUCUCAGUCAAAUUGUUUGGGAAAAGUUUCGACCAAAUACUGGGUGUUUUGAACCAUUUGUCAUGUAUUUCCCUGACUAUAGCAUAGGGCAUCUUCAAAAGAUUUUGUCCCAUGAUCAUCCUCCAGAGUAUUCAGCUGAUUUCUAUGCUGCUUACAUUAAUAUUCUUCUUGGUGUUUUUUACACUGUCUGUAGAGACCUGAAAGAGCUCAGACAUCUGGCAGCUCUAAACUUUUCUAAAUAUUGUGAACCAGUGGUAAAAGGAGAAGCUAAUGAGCGUGAUACACGUAAAUUGUGGAGAAAUAUUGAGCCUCAUUUGAAGAAAGCUAUGCAGACUGUUUAUCUCAGAGAGAUAUCAAGUUCACAAUGGGAAAAAUUACAGCAAGAUGACACAGAAAUGGGACAACUAAAAGGUCUUUCUGCACAUGCUCAUAUAGAACUUCCAUAUUACUCCAAAUUUAUUUUAAUUGCUGCAUACUUGGCUUCAUAUAAUCCAACGAGAACAGAUAAAAGAUUCUUCCUAAAGCAUCAUGGAAAAAUCAAGAAAACUAAUUUUAUGAAAAAACACGAAAAGACUAGCAAUCAUCUUCUUGGACCCAAGCCAUUUCCCCUGGACAGAUUGUUAGCAAUAUUAUACAGUAUUGUGGACAGCAGAGUUGCUCCAACUUCAAAUAUCUUCUCCCAGAUCACCUCUCUUGUGACCCUUCAGCUAUUAACUUUGGUUGGCCAUGAAGACCAGCUUGAUGGACCCAAGUACAAAUGCACUGUAUCUUUAGAUUUUGUCAGAGCUAUUGCAAGGACGGUGAACUUCGACAUAAUAAAAUACUUGUACGAUUUCUUGUGAAAACAAGCUUCCUAGCUUCACAUAUGGACACUGUGACAGUGACUAAGCCAAGCUGUGUUCAUCCAUCACUUAGCUGGCCAGGGAGAGGAGUGUUUUGGCUCUAUUGGAUUUGUCCAAACAGGUGCUGGCCCAGCAUGGCAUCCGAUGAAAAUACUCUGAUUGGUCUGGGUGGAUCUGAGCAGAGGACUAUUUACCAGAGACCCUGGAGUAUUUGGAAGCAAUGUGUUAAUUAUAAACAGCAGGGUUUGAGCACAAUCUGUUCUACUCUUAAUGAUGUUAUCUUAACACUGAAAUUGCCUGAAACCCAUUUACUUAGGACUGCAUUUUGCUCUGUGAACUAUCCCCUGCGCUUUGAACGUGCCAGCAGCCCUUGUUUGUAUGCCCAGUUUUUUCACUUCCUCUCUGCAGGAGUCUUUGCAAUUGCCUGCCAAAGCAGCUUUUUCCUAAGGCCACCAUUUUAAGAGAUUGGAAUUGUGAAGUGUA